AUGCUUGCUUUGUUAAUCACCAUUGUCCAUGGUGCAACUAUAGAAUUCAAUUUAACUGAUUCUGCGGCUGGUUCUCCAAAUAUUUCAUCAAAUGAAACAUGUUUUAUAUUUUAUUUUCCAUGCAAAAAUUAUUCUCAUUGCACAUCAUACGAAGGGAUACUUCCAAAAGGAAAGUAUAGAUUGGAAGUAUGGGGAGCAGAAGGUGGUAUGAUGUACUCACCAUUGGCAGCAAAUCCUGGAAGAGGAGGAUAUGCAAAGGGAAUUAUUAAUCUACCAUCACCAACCAAAAUAUUUAUUCAUUUGGGAGGUUCUCCACCAAGAAGAAAUGAUACUGAAAAGAAGAUUGUUUAUGGUGGUUAUAAUGGAGGAGGGAUGAAUAUCAACCCAAAUGGAACUGUACAAAAUGGUGGUGGAGGUGCGACCGAUAUACGCAUCGGAAAUGAUGAUCUUUAUUCCAGGGUGAUAGUUGCCGGUGGUGGAGGGUCAGGUGGAACAUUAUCAGUGGAUUCAUCAAAUUCUGGCGGUUCUGGAGGUGGAUUUGAUGGAGAAUCCGUAGACUUUUAUACGAUGAACGGCGGAACACAAAAUUCUCCAGGGUCAUGCAGCUAUAGUGCUCAUUCAGGAGAUUUUGAAUAUGGUGGUAAUAAUAGUUUCCGUGGAGGAGGUGCGGGAGGUGGAUGGUUUGGCGGUGCAUCAACAGAACCAACAACAAAUGAAAUGGGAGGUUCAGGUGGAGGAUCUGGCUUCGUAUAUAAUUACACUUUACCUCCAAGUUUCCAAUAUAAAUUGGAUAAAAAAUACCUGCUAUCCAAAACAAAUUUGAUAACUGGCAAUGAGAACAUGCCAGAAUGGGAUGGCUCCUUUAGCAUCGGGCAUUUGGGACAUGGUGUAGCCAAAAUAACAUUGCUUUUGCCUCCCAAAAAAAAACAGAAUUCAUUGAUCCAUACCAUGAUAGAUUUUUACGCGUUAUUCGCCGAAGAUAAAUGUAUGAAAAGAAGGGAAUAUUUGUUUUCCUUAGCUGUUUUUUCUUAUUUAUAA